CACGUGAAGAGAGACCACUGUUUCAUCCUCCUCCACGAUGAUGUCCCUCACCUUGUCCACAGCGCCCCUAGUGUUGUGGAUGUGAUGUUCAUUACUGCCUACCAAGGGCUUCAGAACAGAUGGCUGAAACAUAGAGACGUUACCUCGCCUCUGGAUUUAAACCCAUCAGUCAAGACACAGAGAUGAAUCUCAGCAACAAGGGCAACCAUGGUGACCCCUGUGGCGUCCUCAGCUUGUUUGGUCAAAUCCACGCCCUAGAAGGCAGGGCCCUGUCACUUAACGUGCUGUUGCUUGGUGACUGGCAGAGUGGGAGGAGCUCUGUGGGGAAUGCCCUGAUUGGUGGUGAGGAGUUCCCAACAGGAAGUUGUGCACCUUGUAUUCCCAUGACAACUGAGUGCCAACUCAUUUGUAGAACGUUCCGGCAUUUCUUCAGGAGGCAGGGGGAGGAGUCUGACCUCAGGCUGAGAGUGAUUGACACCCCCCCUCUUCCGCACUCCCUGGAUCUGAGAGACAGAGUGUGCGAGCUUUUCCCGGAGGGCGUACACGUGCUUGUGCUUGUGGUGAGAGUUGAUUGGCCGUACGAGAACGUGGAAAUGGCGGCGUGCGCUCAGAUUCUCUUUGGUCCAGAAUGGUCCGGCCACGCCUUGCUGGUGCUCACACAUGCGGACCACCUGAGAAAGAUGGGGCUGAACCCAGCGCGCUACCUCACCCAGGCCUCUGAUUGGUUGCGAUCUCUGGUUGAUAUGGUGGGAGGCCGAGUCCUGUUCCUAGACAACAGCUCUGAUUGGCCGGUGACCAGAGGGAAGCCCCUGAGAGACAGCCUGCUGAGCCUAUCAGCGAGUAACCACCACACCGCUCUGCUUGUGAAGACGGAGGGAUCAAGUGAGUUUGAUGCCGGAGGGGUGACGGGAAACAUCAGGAAGUGAUUUAUUUCCCUGCUUUGUCACAGAAUACCUCAGAAGCCGAGCUCAGCAGCUCAGAGUAAUAAGAUAUGCACUUCUGCAGGAGGAGUCUUCUGUCACAAUGAUCUUUGUAUCCAGAAUCCAGUAUUUAACCAUGGUCAGUGAUUUUGUCGUGAUGCACGCUCAAGUUUCUUGGUGUCCAGAUGAACUGAUUCAACUUUUCUGGGAUCAGUUAUUUUUAUUUUUUUGAUAAAACAAUUUGAAAUAAAGAAAAAAAAU